UCGACCCCCGAAGGAGGGGAAUCGGAUUCAGAGCGGCCGGAGUUAGGUAUUGACUGUAGAGCAAGAAAGUGUCAGCAAGCUGAAGUUCGUCUUGGUGUCUUUACACUUUUUUGAACAUUUCUUGGACACGUCCAUCAAACCAUCUCCUUCAUUUUCCCUCGAGAUUCCUCUGUGUUAGUUCAAUCUUGUUCGCUUUAUCUCUCUAGGCAGCUUAUAUACGCUUCGUUACGGUAAUGGGUUAAGUCAACAUCAGUACAGACGCAGAACCCUUCAAAGGUUAUCAAUUUUCACUCCCAACAACAAAUUGUCAGACCCCUUUUUUCGAGAUUUUCUGGGGUUGUCUGUUUUUGUUCAGUUUGAGUGCUUUCUGGGUCUUUUAGGAGAGAGAGAAAGAGGGAGAAAGCAAGAAAUGUCCAUGGAUUCUCAGGUCUUGGUGGCGCUUGCUCUUUCCCUUGUGGGUGGAUUGAGUACUUCUAUUGGUGCAUUGUUUGUAAUUCUUAAUCCAGCUCCAAAUCUGAAGAUGCUUGGGCUUUUACAGGGUUUUGCUGCAGGGCUAAUGUUGAGCAUAUCAUUUCUAGAUCUGGCCCAUAAUGCUAUGAACUCAAUAGGGUUCUUAAAAGGCAACCUUUGGUUUUUUGCUGGUGUUGUAUUCUUUGCUAUCAUUGCAAAUUUUAUACCAGAACCAACAAUUGCUCCCAGUUCAAAUGUGAAAAACAAAAAGAAAAAUGAUGAUGAGAAGGACGUAAUGAAAAAGCAUCGUCGCCAGGUUUUAUUUAGUGGGAUUAUUACAGCAAUAGGCAUAAGCUUGCAUAAUUUUCCAGAAGGAAUGGCUGUUUUCCUUGGAUCCAUUAAGGGCCUUCGUGUUGGUCUUAAUUUGGCCUUGGCCAUUGCUUUGCAUAACAUCCCAGAGGGUGUUGCUGUUGCACUUCCUGUUUAUUUUGCUACACAAAGCAAGUGGCAGGCAUUCAAAUUGGCAACGCUUUCUGGUUUUGCAGAGCCUCUUGGUGUUGUUAUUGUUGCCUAUCUAUUUCCAAGCAGCUUAAGUCCUGAAAUUCUUGAGGGCUUACUAGGAUCUGUUGGUGGAGUGAUGGCUUUUCUAACUCUGCAUGAAAUGCUACCACUGGCAUUUGAUUAUGCUGGGCAGAAGCAAGCUGUCAAAGCUGUGUUCCUUGGAAUGGCUUUCAUGUCUGCAAGCCUUUAUUUCCUCGAGAUCAGCUUACCGGAGGAGAUGAGCCUGUAAAAACGAUUUGGCUUUUAUCAACAGAAGGGUAUUGCAAAACGGUGAGACUUGAUGCCUUAAUUUGCUCAUGAGGCAUGACAGUAAUAACCAUUGAUCUUUAGUCAAAAUUAAACGGCAAUCUUCAGAGGAAGGCUAGAAGGUCAGCCUGUAUGUGUCAAACGCCAUUUAUUCCUAUCACAAAUUGAGGUUGAAAAACCAUAGGGGAAAACAGAUCAAUGGAUCAUGUAUCUUAAACGAAAACCCGGUUAUAUAGGUUGCCAUGCUUGUUAAACCUCAUUUAUUUUCUCUAGCAAAAUGAAAAUAGAACAGAAAAAUGUUAAAGCAGAUUUCUGGAUCUUUUAUGUUCAUUGAACAUCUAGCCAUUGAGAUUGAAGCAUGUACUCCCUACUCGUUUAUGUUCUUUUGUCUGCUUUAUGUUUCUGUUUCUUCCCCCUGGCUUUUAUCUAGAACAUCAUUGUAAUUCCUUGAAAGUUACCUUCUACAAGACAUGGGAAACAAAAAUCUCAUCAGCAGAUUCAUGGGAUUAAAGCUGUCUAGUCCCA